UUCAAAGAUAGUCUCAACACAAAUUUCAAACAAAUCAAUUCAAAAAUGCGUUUCACUCUUAUUGCAAUUACUUUGCUUGGAUUAGUGGCCAUAGCGUUGGCACAACACGUUGAUAACGAAGAAAUCACACUCUUUAACGUUGAUCCAUCAGCCGUCGAAUAUGAAAACGCUGGACCACGUGUAGUACGUCAGUUCGGUUUUGGACGCGGUGGAUAUGGUGGCUAUGGAGGAUAUGGAGGAUAUGGAGGCUUUGGUGGUUUCGGACAUAGACAUGGUGGUUUUGGUGGUUUCGGUCGUGGUGGUUAUGGAGGAUAUUAUGGUUAAAAAAUUAUUGUUGAAUGAAAAAUAAAAAAAAAAUUCUAAUAAAUUGAUUGUAAAUUUAACUAAA